GAAGAGGUUUACUACGUUUUCAUAUGUACAUUUUUCUCUUUUAUAAUUUUUUAGUUUUCCCAUUCAACCUAGGUUUCAGCAGCUUCAAAGACCAAGACCCUAACGGAAUAAAUGGAAGAUCAUCUUCAAGGCCAAGACCCUAACGAUAGCAGUCCAACCAACGGCUCGACAGAGAGAAGCCCUGAGCCGGUGAGGUCAAGAUGGAUACCGAAGCCACAGCAAAUCCUAAUUCUGGAGUCAAUUUUCAACAGUGGAAUGGUGAAUCCUCCCAAAGAAGAAACUGUGAGAAUAAGGAAACUGCUUGAGAAGUUUGGCUCCGUUGGGGAUGCCAACGUUUUCUACUGGUUCCAAAACCGCCGUUCGCGAUCUCGCCGCCGACAACGGCAGUUGCAGGCCAGCCUUGAACAAAGAACCAAUAAUAAUAUAAACAAUAAUCAAAUGGCUUCUCUUUCUCAACACCAAGUGGGUGGUGCAAUUCAAUAUGGAGAAAGCUGCGGUUUUCCUACUGCUGCUCCUCCUUUGGCUUUCGGAGCUUCUCCUAAUAAUUUUCUUGUGGGCUCUUCAUCUUCGUCUUGUGGUCAACAUCUGAUAGCAGAUCAUGAUGUUCAUCAUAGUAUUGAUUGCGUUGGUGAUCAGUUCUUUUCUGUUUCUGGUCAAAUGGGGUUUCCGGAAAUCGAGCAGAGCUCCGGGGUAACGUCUGUGUUAGGAGGAGUCCCUUCUGAUACCUCAAAUUUGCACCUCCAAUCUGGUCUCAUCACUGUGUUUAUUAAUGGGAUUCCAACAGAAGUUCCCAACGGGCCACUUGACAUGAAAGCCGUGUUUGGACAAGACGUGCUAUUGGUUCAUUCCUCUGGACUCGCACUUCCAAUCAAUGAAUUUGGUUUUUUGGCACACAGCUUGGAGUCUGGUGAAAGCUAUUUCCUGGUUUCAAGACCAACUUAAGUACAAUUUAAGCUGCACCUACAAUAUGAGAGCUUCCUGCAUAUUUCUUCAUCAUCUUGCCUUCUUUUCUGUUUUCGUUGUCUUUCGUUACCACUCCCCCCCCCCCCCCCAACACAACACCAAAACAAAACAACAGUGGGUGAUUGUAGAAAAAUAUAUGUAUAUUAGCUACCAUGCAUGAUAGUUUAUGAUCGGUCAAAUUAUAUCCUUUUCCUUUUCUUUCUCUCUUCAAUAUAUUAUUGAGAAGCCUCAGCAUUGCACAAUAUAUUUAGGAACUUCAUAUUUAGCUGGCAUAUUUAUGUAGAACAAUAUGUAUAUUAGAUUAUGGAAUGCUAUGUGCUCUUGUUUAAAAUCUUGCUGUGGAUAUAAUUUAAACUCA